AUGCCUUGGGCCACCACCCUCAUCCUCAUCCUGGCCGGGCUCUGUGGCUCCUGCCUGGGCCAGUACAACGAGGAGGAGGAUCUGGCGUGGCUCCAGUAUUACCUGCGCCAGUCCCGCAUCUCGUCCUACAACUACGUGCCCUACUACGAGGAGGAGAGCCCCGCCUACGCCUACUCCUACCCCUCGGCCACCGACACCGAGCCCGAGCCCGAGCCCGAGCCGCAGCAAGCCACGCCCUGGAGGUGUCCCCAAGAGUGUGACUGUCCCCCCAAUUUCUCCUCGGCCAUGUAUUGUGACACCCGCAACCUGCGGUACCUGCCCUUCGUGCCGUCGCGGAUGAAAUAUGUUUAUUUCCAGAAUAAUCUCAUCACCUCCAUCCAGGAGGGAGCUUUCGACAACGCCACGGAGCUGGAGUGGCUGGCGCUGCACAACAAUCAGAUCGGCAGCGAAAAAAUGGGGAAAAGGGUUUUUGGGAAGCUGCAGCGCCUGGAGAGGCUCUACAUGAACAACAACAACCUGACCAGGCUGCCCAGCCCCCUGCCCCGCUCGCUGCGAGAGCUCCACCUCUCCUACAACCACAUCUCCAAGGUGCCUCCCAACGCCCUGGAGGGGCUGGAGAACCUCACGGCGCUCUACCUCAGCCACAACUUCAUCUUCGAGAUGGGAGCGUCCCUCAAGGGGCUCAGUUCGUUGAUUUUGGCCGACCUGAGCUACAACAACCUCAGGAAGGUCCCCGAAGGGCUCCCGGCGUCGCUGGAGCAGCUCUACCUGGAGUACAACUACAUCAACGCCAUCCCCGACCAUUAUUUCCAGGUGUCCCCCAGGCUGCUGUAUGUGAGGAUGUCCCACAACAGCCUGACCAACCAAGGGCUCUCCAGCAACACCUUCAACAGCAGCAGCAUCCUGGAGCUGGACCUCUCCUACAACCGGCUCCAGAAGAUCCCGCGGGUCAACACCAACCUGGAGAACCUCUACCUGCAGGGCAACCAGAUCAACGAGUUCUCCAUCAGCAGUUUCUGCUCCGUGGUUGAUGUCAUGAACUACUCCCGGCUCCAGGUGCUGCGGCUCGACGGCAACGAGAUCAAGCGGAACGCGGUGCCCCCGGACGCGCCGCUGUGCCUGCGCCGGGCCACCGUCAUCGAGAUCUGACCCGGCCCUGCCACCCUCAGGACUUGUGUCCCCCAUUCCCAGGGAUUCCCUCAUCCCCGCUUUUCCAUCCGGCUCGGCUUCGCAGCAGUGCAGUCACAGGGUGUGCCCGGUUUGCCCCAAAUUCUUCCUUUUUCCACCCAGAUCGCAGCUCUGGUCGUUCUCUGAUCCCCACCCCACAAAGCGUUGUGCCUGCUGUCACCUCCUGUCCCGGAUUGGGGUGGGACACAGCAGAGAUGGGGUUCAUCCCAUAUUGGAAAUCCCAAUCCCGAUCCCAAAACCGGAUCCGGGCCAGCGAUCCCUGGAAGGAGCAUCCAAGGGGUCGGGAGCUGCAGGAGUGAAAGGGUUAAAGAUCUCCAGUUCUGGAGGAUCGCUCAGUUUGGGAUGAGGAGGAGCAAAUCCAUCCCUUCCCUUCCUUUUUAUCCCUUUUCCAUCAACCUGCUCCAGAG